AUGCGGACACCGCAGCGAGUACUUUCCACAGUGCUUAGCAGUCUUAACUUCUUCCGCAUACAUAUAUUGUUCUUCUCGAUCGCCCCAGUCGUCUUCGCCGCCAUAUCCUACGCGUCCGAUGGAAAAUAUCAUGUGGAAUACAUCGAUCUUCUCUUCUGUUGCAUGAGCGCGAUGACUGGAACGGGACUCACCACCAUAGAUUUAAGCUCUCUGACAGCUUGGCAGCAAACUAUACUUUUCAUUCUUCAGCUUGCUGGUAGCCCGAUCGUCGAACCCAUGUCGCAACGGAACCGAACGAACGAUAUCACCGAGGAUCCACCAGAAAAGGACGUCGUUCGAGGACGAUCCACAACGUUUCAGUCCACGUAUCGCCAAUCAGACAUUGCGUCGCGCAAUGACAAGGACUCAUGCACAUAUUCUGCUCCUAUACCGCCGCCUCGCUUAGAGCGCGCGCACUGCAUGCCAGACCUCGGUCACCGCGCAUGCGCAGCACCCGGACUAAUCUUGUCGUCAACGGCGACGUACUCUAGCUCUUCAGAGAGGCUGGCAUCCGGUUUUCUACACAGAAUCACAAACGAUCAUGAACUUGGUGUGAAGAGAGACGCAGAUGUGACAUCGGGGCAGCAGGGUAGUGUUCACUCCCUCAAUUCCCAAACCCAUACUCAUCAGAGAAUGACGCAACGACAUCUUUCAUCUGCCAGCCUUGGUGGAUUUGGCGAUCCACUCACUCUGCCCGUUCAUUACUGGCAGCAAAAGUUUCCAACCAUCCGACACCAACUCCAGCGCACAUUCACUAUUCCCUCCGAAUCGAUAUAUACGCCUGAGGGCGCGGAUGAUAGACCCGAAGGCGUCCGGCCAGUACCUUAUCUGAGUUUCACUGCAACAGUGGGCGGGAACUCUGAUUUUCGUGGGCUAUCGGAGCAACAGUAUAAAGAACUGGGGGGUGUUGAAUAUAGAGCGUUGUCUGCGCUACUGUGGAUAGUGCCUAUGUACUAUAUCGGCACGCUCUUAGUCGCCUUCAUCGUAAUAGCUCCUUACAUGCAGCUGCCAAGGUGGCGAGAGACAUUUUUGCCGCCACAGCAGCAUCGUGUCAUUCAUCCAAUUUGGUACUCCGCCUUUGAGGUUGUGGGAGCAUGGGCAAACUCAGGGAUGACUCUGGUCGAUCAGAACCUGGUCCCCUUCCAGAAUGCAUAUCCAAUGCUUUUCUUGCUCAUCUGGGUUAUGCUCGCCGGGAAUACAGGAUUUUUUCUGUCCUCAAAAUUUGACAGUUGGUCUAUGUACAAAUGCGUACCAAAACACUCAUCGUUGCACGCAACGCUACGCUUUUUGCUCGAUCACCCGCGGCGGUGUUUUAUUUUUCUAUUUCCAUCCCACCAGACACGCAUACUUCUCGUCAUACUGAUGAUUUUCAACCUCACGAACUGGAUCUUCUUCUUGAUCUUGUAUACCAGUGAUCCUGCUACAGAAAAUCUAUCGGCGGGUCUGAAGACCAUGCUGGGAGCCGUGCAAGCUGUUGCCGCACUGCUAGCCGGAUUUCAGACCAUCUCAAUCUCUUCCUUAGCCCCUGCAGUCCAGGUGCUCUACCUUAUCAUGAUGUAUAUCGCUGUUUACCCGAUGUCUGUAACAGUGAGAUCGACAAAUGUAUACGAGGAUCGGUCGCUCGGCGUGGCCGAGGAGGAGGCUAUAGAUGACAGGAACGAAAUGGUCCAUGACGGUGACACUUCACGUGUAUCGAUAUGGGGAAGAUACCUGGCACACCAUAUAAUGUGGUGGUUGGCACUCGUGCUCUUUGUGCUUUGCAUAAUCGAACGCAGACAGCUCAGCGAUCCUGAGAAGAGUUCCUGGUUCCACAUCUUCGCUCUAAUUUUCGAGAUUGUGUCCGCGUAUGCAACUAUAGGCCUGACUCUCGGUGUUCCUACGGCAAACUAUGCUCUCACUGGUGCGAUGCAUAAUCUGUCAAAGUUAAUCAUUUGUCUGGUAAUGCUGCGCGGGCGCCAUCGUGGUCUUCCCGUUGCCAUGGACAGGGCUGUUUUGUUCCCCACGGAGUUCAAGUUAGAAUCAGACGAGAAUGAGAAGUAGUAAAUUCACAAGAAUAUUACCAUAGAGAAUACUUAGAGAAUACGCCGUCGGAUGCUGUUAGUGAGACCUCGUCAUCUUUCUGAUCGCCGUCAGGGUCUCUGAGAUCGGACGAGUUGAGAAUUAGUUAAAUAAUUCAGUAUGCAUAUCCAUCCAGCCAAUACUGUGGGGAUGGUUCGAUAUUCUAUGUACUGAAAGUCAACGUCAGCUCUCGUAUUCUCAAUCGAACGCUGCGUUCCGCUGCCCACUCCACUCGCACAGCGCUGAGUGUAUCUUCAAUAGUCAUGUGGGCUUCGCCUCCAACAUUAAAGUUCAAUGACUUGAAUGGGUCUGAGCCCGCGCGUCCUUGUCGAGGAGGAGCACCUGGAUUGAAGAAGCUGGUAAAGCUUGAGCCAACUUUCCACACAAGGACAAGCCCUUCCUCCAGAGAGACCGUGAUCAAUCGCCUCCCAUCAGGCGAGAAACUGCACGCUGCGGGCCUCUUUUUGUGACCCUCCAGGACGUAUAACCGUGUGGCCGUUUUCAAAUCAUACAUUAUAACGGCGCCUUCGCUGGUACCCACAGCCAAACGCUGGCUGUUCAUGUGAAAGUCCACAGUGGGAAAGGUUUUAACGACAUGCCCUAGAAUCUCAGUAGCUGUGUCGAGAACUGCCUCUCGGCUCGAAGUCGAGUUGGGAUCUAGAGACUUCACCACGGCUUCGACUAACCGCGGUAGAUUGGGAUAGAUGACCAGUGGUUUCUUUUUGAUAAGAAAUGCAACAAGUUGCAUAAUGGAUUUGCGUGAUUCGACACCCCUAGGGUGUAGAAUAUCC